GAUGAAGCUUCAUCUGCUUCUCAUGCCUCAUCUUCACGUCUUACUUCUUCGAUGAAUACAAUUUCCUCUGGAUCACAAUCGAAGAUUCAGUAUCAACCUCUUUCUAUGGCUGACGCUCUUGCACGAACGGGUCAUGAUCAAGUUCUUGCUUUGGAUCAAUUAUUGGCAGAAAGGAAUAAAUUGUGUUUAGAAGCAAAUAAGCUGUCUACGGAGAAUAUGCGUUUGUGGAAUAUGAUGAAACGUAUCAGAAGGGAGAAUGAAGAAUUGAAGAAUAACAAUACCGGAACUUUACGUAGUUCACCACUUUCCAAUGGAUCGCAAGUCGCAGGAUCGAAUAAUGCAUUCCCUUCCACAACUGAUCCGUCAGGUAACCAACUUGAAAGUCAGAAAUCAUCUUUGUACGGCUCAGCGCCUUCUGGAACGGGGCAUUCUAUUUCUGGAGAAGGCUCUGAACCACGUGGGUCAUUCACUUCAAAUGAAGUGCAGGAACAACAAUCUCCAUCCAACAUACCCGCGACCACUUCCACAGCCACAGUACAUCCAGACACAGCUUCAACAACCGGGCCUUUGAAUAAAAGUGAUACGCAAGGAAUAGGUAUUUCGACUGAUUCAGAAUUAGCCAACAAUCAAUCAUCCGAUUCCGCCUCUCAUUCACAACAACAUCAAUCAAUCAUGCAACAAAGAGCUGCUGCACAAGCACAAAGGCUAGCACAAAUUCAAUCGCAAAAAGCUGAUGACGGAGCACGGCCUUCCAGUACAGGCAGUCAUGAUUUUGAUGCUGUUGAUGCUUCAUCGAUGGCUGGCUCAGAAGGUGCACGGAAUAGUAUGCGAUUCAGUGGUGAUAGUGGAAACAAUAGAGGCUUGCAAGCUCGUGUUGUACCACCUUCGCCUCUUGCCAUCUCUUCGCCCACGAUGCAAUCGACGAGCAGCGGUAGACAAUGGUCCACUGAGUCACCGCGCAAUUCCUUCUCGCCAAGGCUGGAUGCUGGUCUCUUGCCAUUUGUGAAUUUGUCGGUUUCGGGAUCAAAUUUGCGAGCCAGUGAACGUGGUAAAGAAAUCGUAUCCUUCUAUAUUGCCAUUGAUGUCAAACCACCACAAGGCAGAGUUCCUCAAUAUUCUUCAUGGCGUGUAGAAAAGACGUAUUCGGAUGUGUUGAAUUUGGAUGCAAGAAUCAAGCAAAAGCAUGGCAAAGUUGUUUCUAAACGUAUGAGUGGUGUUCAAUUACCUGAUCAAACUUUAUUCAAAGAUCAUGCGCCAAGCAAAGUGGAUAAACGAAAAGCAAUGUUAGAGCUGUAUCUUCGCACUUUGGUCACUAUACCAUUGCCCGACAAAGAUGAUCUGUGUACAUUCUUUUGCACUGAUGCACUUCAACCAAAGAUUCGCGAGCCAGACGCAUUGACGAAGGAAGGUUUCUUGACCAAGAAGGGACAAAAUCUUGGUAGAUGGGUUACCCGAUGGUAUGUAUUAUCUGAAACAAGUCUCGAUCAUUAUGAAUGGCGUAAUGGACUACAUCUCGGCUCGAUCAAUAUUCGUGGUGCUCAAAUUGGACGACAACAGAAAAGCGUGGCAACUGAUACGGAUGAGAAUUCAUAUCGGCAUGCAUUCCUAAUUCUGGAAACCAAAGCACCCUCUUCAACAGGCGAUCAAAAGCAAAUCAUUCGACAUGUCUUGUGCGCCGAAACGGAUGAAGAACGUGAUGAUUGGGUGGAAGUAUUGGUCCGUGCAAUUGGAGAAGCUGAUAAUCGGGAAGAGGAGAAUUUGAACACGACUGCUGUGAUACCCAAAAGUCCUAGCGCUUUACCUUCAACAACGCAAAGGCCAUCAAGAGAGUACAGCCCUUUUGCUGCUGCUGCUGCUGCGCCCAACAGUCCUCAUGGGGUAAGUCCACAAAUUUCAAUGCCAAGAUCAAGAUCAGAAGUUGUUGGAUUGCAAUCAUCACAGGAGGAACGUAGCAUGCGCACUCGACACGCGAAUUUGGCCGCUAUCACUGCUUCCCCUGGACAAAAUACACAAUCAGGCCAAGGAUAUCAAUCGGGAAAUCGAAACACUAUCAAUCCAGGAUCUCCUAUCCGUCCACCACCACGAUCUACCUCACAAGACGUUCCGAGUAAUGGUUAUGGGAUGGUGACUUCUUCUUCUAAUCGUGCUCGGCCUUCGAUCAGUGGACCGAUGAAUGGAACACCAAUCCCGACCGGAUACAAAUUUGGAGGAAAAGAUGAGCCUUCAGAAACACCAUCAAACAAACCAAGUGGUCCCGUUUCUUCUAGCAAGAAUGAUGGCCCAAAUGCACCAAAUGAGACCAAACGCAGAUUCUGGCAUCGAUUUGGCGGAGGCGGUGAUAAAUCGAAUCAACAGAGAAAGGUGUUCGGAGUACCGUUGGCUGAAUCGAUUGCGGUAUCAAAUGUAUCGGAAGGACUUGAACUGCCUUCUGUUGUGUACAGGUGUAUCGAAUAUCUUGAGCAUCACAACGCAGCUUCAGAAGAGGGUAUCUAUCGGCUUAGCGGAUCGUCUGCUGUCAUCAAAAAUCUCAAAGAUCGCUUUAAUGCUCAAGGAGAUGUGAACUUGUUGGCAUCUAAUGAGCCUUUCUUCGAUCCACAUGCCAUCGCUGGUCUACUAAAACAGUAUUUGAGAGAAUUGCCUAGCAGUGUUCUUACAAGAGAGCUACAUCUGGACUUCAUGCGAGUGAAUGAUCUGGCAGAUCGAAGGGAGCGUGUGAACGAACUAGGAAGUCUCGUAUCUUUGUUGCCAUUGCCAAACUAUUCACUACUGCGUACGCUUUGCAGUCAUUUGAUCAAAGUGAUUGAACGAUCUGAUGUCAACAAGAUGACAAUGCGCAAUGUUGGAAUCGUUUUCAGUCCAACUCUUGGUAUUCCUGCAGGAGUAUUUGCACUAUUCUUGACGGAAUUCGACUGGGUAUUCUACACUGACGCAAAAGGCGAGCCAGCUCCACGUACGAUGGAAGAGGAUAUCCUUCCACCUGAUGAAGACGAAUUAGGCUUGGCAAAUAAAACAGAUGGAUCACCGCAAGGCCAACAGAGGCAACCACAUCAUCAACGUAAUGCUGGAAGCUUUGAAGACGAUUUCGCACGCAAG